AUGGCUGCUUACGCUCUGUCCGCCACCCACCGGGAGCAAAUGGAGAACCGUCUCGUGGACUCCGACCCCGAGAUCGCGCAGAUCAUGGAGAAAGAAAUCCAGCGUCAGCGUGAAUCCGUCGUCCUGAUUGCCUCUGAGAACUUCACUUCUCGUGCUGUCUUCGAUGCCCUUGGCUCGCCCAUGUCUAACAAGUACUCUGAGGGUUACCCCGGAGCUCGUUACUAUGGUGGUAACCAGCACAUCGAUGCCAUUGAGCUCACCUGCCAGGCUCGUGCUCUCAAGGCUUUCAACCUCGACUCUGAGAAGUGGGGUGUCAACGUCCAGUGUCUCUCUGGUAGCCCUGCCAACCUCCAGGUCUACCAGGCCCUCAUGCGCCCCCACGACCGUCUCAUGGGUCUCGACCUGCCCCACGGUGGUCACUUGAGUCACGGUUACCAGACUCCCGCCAAGAAGAUCUCUGCUGUCUCCACCUACUUCGAGACUUUCCCCUACCGUGUUAACCUCGACACUGGUCUCAUUGACUACGACAUGCUUGAGCACAACGCUGAGCUCUACCGCCCCAAGUGCAUUGUUGCCGGUACCUCUGCCUACUGCCGUCUGAUCGACUACGCCCGUAUGCGUAAGAUCGCUGAUAAGGUCGGCGCCUACCUAAUUGUCGACAUGGCCCACAUCUCGGGUCUCAUUGCUGCUGGUGUCAUCCCGUCGCCCUUUGAGCACGCUGAUGUCGUCACUACCACCACCCACAAAUCGCUCCGUGGUCCCCGUGGUGCCAUGAUCUUCUUCCGCAAGGGUGUCCGCGGCUCCAACCCCAAGACUGGUGAGGACAUUCUGUACGACCUUGAGGGUCCUAUCAACUUUUCUGUCUUCCCUGGUCACCAGGGUGGCCCCCACAACCACACCAUCACUGCACUUGCUGUUGCCCUCAAACAGGCUGCCAGCCCUGAGUUCAAGCAAUACCAGGAGCAGGUUAUCAAGAACGCCAAGGCGUUCGAGACCGAGUCUAAGCAGCUGGGCUACAAGCUCGUUGCUGACGGCACUGACAGCCACAUGGUCCUUGUUGACCUCCGUGACAAGUCCUUGGAUGGUGCCCGUGUUGAGGCUGUUCUCGAGCAGAUCAACAUUGCCUGCAACAAGAACUCCAUCCCCGGUGACAAGUCUGCCCUCACCCCCUGCGGUAUCCGAAUUGGUGCCCCCGCCAUGACCACUCGUGGCAUGGGUGAGGAAGAGUUCAAGCGUAUUGCUCAGUACAUCGACCAGGCCAUCAAAAUCUGCAAGAGCGUCCAGGCUGAGCUCCCCAAGCCGGCUAACAAGCUCAAGGACUUCAAGGCCAAGGUUGCCUCCGAUACCGUCCCUGAGAUCCUCGCCCUCCGCAAGGAGGUUGCCGAGUGGGCCAGCGCCUUCCCUCUGCCCGUUUAA